UCACCCCCCCUGCGGAGUGUUGCAGUUGGACGGGUCCGGGGCCGACAUGGCGGAGCGGCGGGACACAGAACCCGGGUUGGCCGGGGGAUUGAAGUAUGGAUGCCAACAUUAAUAUCCAAGAAACACCUGUGGUUUUAGGAAGCUCCUACAAGAAGCGGACUGCAAAGGUACCAGAAGAAUCUCUAUUGGAUGAGAAUUAUUUCAUGAACUCAGAGGUGCUGACGGGAAUUCCAGGUAUUGCUAGUGAGGAUGAGGAUUAUUUGCUGACGGGCAGCACUUCCUCCACAUUACACUCUCUACAGAGUAUGAACAAGGAGAGGACUACUACAGAGCACAAAACAGAGGGUGAAAGAGAAAUUCAUAUAAGUAACUUGAGACUAACAGAUUUCCUCCCUCAGCUAAGUAAAGAGUCCAUGCUACAAACCAUCCAAAAAGACUUCAGUGUACCCAGAGAAAGAGCAGUCCAAGAGUCGUACACAUCCAAGGAUUCAGGCCGGGCAGGGAUAUUCCAAGACAAGUUUUCUAGAGAGUCAGAUUGCAGAUUAAAAGGAAGUUUUGAGACAAAGCAAGGUAAAAUGGAGGAAUCCUCACGAGGACAGUUGGCAGCACAAGCCCCAGAUAGCAACUUUAGGGAACCUGGCUACAGCUACAGUAGCAAGUCACCAAUGGGUGAAAGUUUGGGGAACUCUUAUUCUUCAAGUGUCAGGAUAAAGGAGGAGCCAAUGGAUGAAGAUUAUGAUAGGGCACUCGCACCUCCACCCAACUUCGUAGACAAAGUCAAAGAUGAACCAGACAACUCUGAGGAAUAUUCCCAGCAACCAAAAACAUCUGAAGGGGAGCUUAAAAUCAGUGCAGUCUUUUCAGUCAGUGGCAGCCCCUUAGGUUCUUCAGUAGCCCCCCAGCACUCCAGUGGAUUGCAGGCACCCCUGAGCUCCCCAGGAGUAAACAAAUCUGUCCCAGCAGUUCCUGCUGUUCCCGCUGUCCCUGCUGUCCCUCCACCCUCUGUCAGAGUUUCCUGUUCAGGCUGCAAAAAGAUUCUUCAGAAGGGACAGACUGCAUACCAGCGUAAAGGAUCUACACAGCUCUUCUGUUCCACCCUUUGCCUUACUGGUUACACUGUAUCUCCCGCCCCUCGGCCAGUUCCUCCUGCCAAGAGAACCUGCGCCAGCUGCUCAAAAGUCAUUGUAGACCCCAAGGAUGUCAUUACAGCCCAGUUUGACAGUACGAGUGGCAGUAAGGACUUCUGUAGCCAACCCUGUCUGUCAUCCUUUGAGUUGAAGAGGAAGGCAACAGUAACCAUUCACACCAAUAGCAUUUCUACUAAGUGCAGCGUGUGUCUGAAAAAUGCUGUGAUUCGGCAUGAAGUAAACUACCAGAAUGUGGUUCACAAGCUCUGCAGUGAUGUCUGCUUCUCGAAAUUCCGCUCCGCAAACAACCUGACUAUGAACUGUUGUGAAAAUUGCGGGGGGUAUUGCUAUAGUGGCUCUGGACAGUGCCACUUGCUGAACAUUGAUGGCCAGUGCAAAAAGUUCUGCAGUUCCGCUUGUGUGACCGCCUUCAAACAGAAAUCUGCAAAGAUCACUCCAUGUGCGUUAUGUAAAACUUUACGUUCGUCAGCAGAAAUGAUCGAGAACACCAACAGUGUGGGCCGCACUGAGCUGUAUUGCUCUGUAAAUUGUUUGUCUGCCUACAGAGUCCAGACUGUCACGUCAUCAGGCAUCCAGAUACAAUGUAACAGCUGCAAAAUGAUGGCCAUGCCCCAGUAUCAUCUGGCAAUGUCUGAUGGGAGCAUCCGAAAUUUCUGCACCUAUAACUGUGUCGUGUCCUUUCAGAACCUGUUCAGCAAGCCCACAGGCGCAAAUUCCUCUGUGGUCCCCUUGUCCCAAGGCCAGGUGAUCAUGAGCGUCAAUGCUGGGGCAGUAACACAAGCCGGGAAUAGCACGCCAUCUGUGGUCACCGCUACAUCAACAUCCUCCUCUUCAACAGUUAGCAGUUCAGCAGCCGCUGGACUGCAGAGACUAGCUGCGGCACAAUCACAGUCCCAAUCCCAGCAACAAAACACCUUUUCACGUCUUUCUGUGAAGCUGAGAUGUGUGCAGUGCAGCCGACUCUUUGCCAAUAAGCCCGAACUUUUGGAUUACAAGGGUAAAAUGCAUCAGUUUUGUGGCAAAGCAUGCUGUGAUGAGUACAAAAAAAUUAACAUGGUUAUGGCCAUGUGCGAGUACUGCAAGAUAGAGAAGACCAUCAAGGAGGUGGUACGCUUCUCAGGGAUCGAGAAGGUGUUCUGCAGUGAAGGUUGCAAGCUGCUAUACAAGCACGACCUUUCAAAGAAGUGGGGCAAUUACUGCAAAAUGUGUAGUUACUGCUGCCAGACCUCUUCUAAGUUGGUGCGGAAUCAUUUUGGAGGGAAAUUGGAGGAGUUCUGUGGAGAAGAGUGCAUGUCAAAGUAUACGGUGUUGUUUUACCAGAUGGGGAAAUGUGAAAGCUGCAAGCGACAAGGCAAGCUAGGCGAGUCUCUGAAAUGGAAAGGGGAGAUGAAACACUUCUGUAAUCUGAUGUGUGUCCUCGUCUUCUGCAAUCAGCAAAGCACAGCAGAGCCUCCACCAGUCAAUAAUACAGUAUCUAAUGUUCCCAUGGUCCAAGCAGUACCAGCUUCCACUGGCUCCUCUGGAGCUAAGGAGUCGACUCCGGUUAUUGCCAAUGUAGUGUCCCUCGCUAGUGCCCCUGCAGCACAACCCACUGCAAACUCCAAUAACGUCUUACAAGGUGCUGUUCCUACAUUAACACCAAAGAUAAUUGGAGAUGCAAGUACUCAGACAGAUGCCCUGAAACUUCCUCCCUCACAGCCCCCACGCCUCCUGAAGAAUAAGGCCCUACUCUGCAAACCUUUCACACAAACCAAGGCAACCUCGUGCAAACCUCACACGCAGCACAAGGAGUGUCAGACAGAAGAUGAUGGGAAGCCACAGAUCUUGGUGAUUCCUAUACCCGUGCCAGUGUUUAUUCCUAUUCCCAUGCACCUGUAUACACAGUUUGCCCCAUUUCCACUAAGUGUACCUCUCCCGGUUCCAGUCCCAAUGCUGAUUCCCACCACUCUUGAUAAUGCCGACAAGAUUAUAGAUGCAAUUGAGGACCUCAAGGAAAAGGUCCCAUCUGAUCCCUUUGAGGCAGAUAUUCUUCAAAUGGCAGAAAUGAUUGCUGAAGAUGAGGAAAAGGAGAAAACGCUUUCUCAUGGAGAUCAGGGCAGCACUUACAGUGGAGACCUGGAAUCUGAAGCUGUAUCCACCCCACACAGUUGGGAAGAUGAAUUAAACCACUACACUCUUAAAUCGAACAACUUGCAGGAUGCAGAUACAGAAAUUCGGCCGAUUUCCAGAGUGGGGAUUGAGCAGGAUCUGGAAUUAGACAUCCCAACAGAAACAUUUGACCCAUUAAGUAAAGGCUCAAGUUUCUUUGGUCGGACUCGGGGAAGACGAAAACACCGUGAUGGUUUCCCACCGCCAAAACGCCGGGGCCGCAAAAAAUCUGUGGUAGCUGUGGAGCCACGAAACCUUAUGCAGGGAUCAUACCCUGGAUGCUCUGCAUUGGGUUCGACAUUAAAAUACAUGUAUGGCGUCAAUGCCUGGAUGAAUUGGGUACGAUGGAAAAACUCACAAGAAGAACCUGAAGACAUUAAGUUUGGAGUGCGACCUGUAAAGCUGAAAGAAGAUAUUCUGUCAUGCACCUUUGCAGAACUCAGUUACGGCCUAUGCCAGUUUAUCCAUGAAGUACGCCGGCCAAAUGGAGAGAAAUACAAUGCAGAUAGUAUCCUGUACCUGUGCCUUGGAGUUCAACAGUAUCUGUUUGAGAAUGGAAGAGUAGAUAACAUUUUUACAGAACCCUAUUCCAGAUUUAUGGUGGAACUUACAAAGCUGUUGAAGAUCUGGCACCUGCCUGUAUUACCCAAUGGUUACAUAUUUUCGAGGAUUGAGGAGGAACAUUUAUGGGAGUGCAAGCAGCUGGGUGCCUACUCGCCUAUUAUCCUUCUCAAUACCCUGCUCUUCUUCACCACUAAAUUUUUUCAACUGAAGACUGUGACUGAGCACCAGCAACUUUCCUUUGCCUAUGUCAUGAGACGUACAAAAACUCUAAAAUACAACACCAAGACGACAUAUCUGCGUUUCAUGCCUCCUUUCCAGAAGUCGGAGCUGGAGCAUGAUAAAGCAUCAGGCGGGAAGAGAAAGAGACUAGAGGAUGAAGAUGGACAGUUUGUGAUGGAAAUGGCUGAAAACACAGACAACCCACUCAGGUGCCCAGUCAGGCUGUAUGAAUUUUACUUGUCCAAAUGUUCUGAAAGUGUGAAACAGCGGAGUGACGUCUUCUACCUUCAGCCAGAGCGUUCUUGUGUACCCAAUAGCCCCAUGUGGUUCUCCACAAUGCCCAUUGACCCAGGCACAUUGGACAGCAUGCUGACCCGGAUUCUCAUGGUUCGAGAAAUUCACGAAGAGCUGACCAAAGCAAAAGAGGACUCGGAAGGGGAGCUUUCAGAUUAAAGUGGCACAAGAUGCCCUACUCUGAAACCACAAGCGGCUUCUAAAUAUAGUGGGGCAGGUGCUAAACUGUGAAUAUAACGUUGUUCACUUGGAACUUGUGCACUGCCCUCCUGUGAACUUCCACCCCCUCGUAUAAAUGGACAAAGGACGUCUUGAACUGCUGGGACUAAUUGGAACAUAUACUACACAGUCCAGGAUUCCUACACCAGAUGAAUUGGCCCACAGAUGCGCAAAUGACUCUUAUGAUCAGACACCUAAAAUGAGGUGUUAGACCCACAAUAGGAACUGUAAUUUCUUUUUAACUGGAGCAAAGGGGGGGGGGUCACUUUUAGCUCUUUCUACUGUGUAAAUGUCUGAUAGUGCUAUGUAGGAAACAGCAGAAAGGGUUUACAACGGAGUCUCUUCUAUACUUGUGUUGAAUGACACUGAAAGUGGGCGCAUUGAGCUGCUGCCCGCAUUAUAUUAUAGAAAAGUAUGUAUAAACCAUGUUGAAAACCUAUUUUACGCUUUUUUUUUUUCCCCCACUCAGACCAGAACAUUGAAAUGACCCUGACAAUUUUUAACCUCUAGUGAGCCACCACCAAAUGAAUUUCUAGAAAGCAAGUGGCCAUUUCUUUAUAGACCACAAUAGCAGUACCGGCCCCCACAUAUUGUGCACACAUAACUUGUGCGGAUUUCAGCCCGGGAGCCUGGGUAGUUAGAAUCCUUUGUUGUGAUGCAAUUCGGAGUUUUUUUUUUGUUUUUUUUUUUGUUGUUUUUUUUUUUUUUUUUUCAUAAUGUACUACGACACACAUGGUUUUUAUAUAUGCACAUAGUUACGGAGCAAAGGGUUCAUUCGGAUUCUCCUCCCCAUCAAAAUAGUGUGCAGUGUUCAGCCCCAAUAGUUACUGCUGCAUCAAUAGGCUCAAUGAAAAAGCAUACGUGUACUUUUUGUGUUUUGAACAUUACGACGGUUUGAGUAGCGAUGUAAUAAAAGUAUCCUGAAGUUAACAUGCAUCUAGCGUCAGUGUGACUGAUACCACCAGAGCAGAGAAUUUUUACGGUCUGCUUUCCAAACCAAAGGAAGGAAUCUUCCAUCAGAAACCUUAGAAAGGAGGAUCUCAGAACCUGACGGUAACACAUCUAGACCUGAGAAGAAGUCAUACUGGCUUGGAUCUGUUUUUGGACUUGUAGAAAAUUGUCACCCACAAACAGGUCACACCAGAUUGCUUUGCAAGGGGUAAAGCUAGAAACUCUGUAUGUUACUCUUAACUCAUUACACUCUUUUCUAUCAGAGGGGACCCAGCCGUUUGUAGUGUACUCUGUUCCUAUCCCCUUGUAUUUUAAAGGGUAGUAAUGAUUCUCAUUUUCUCUUUUUAUUUCCCCCCUUUUUUCCCCCUCGUUUUAGCAGUUUAAUAUUAAAGACAAAGUAGUCCCAUUUUGUGUAUUUGUUCUUAUCCUGCUUGUACAAUAAAUCACUGAUUUGUGUUUUUAA